CGUUCUGCUCUCAAAAACAUUCGAUCCAGAAGAGUAUGUAAUUUGCUAGUCGUGCUCCUGACAUGUUUCUUGACCAUAUCGAUUAUAUUUACCAAUAUUGGCUAAUGCAGAAGCAGGCUAUAAAAUUACCCAACUCUGAGGCCAUCGAUUAUAAGUGCAUUGAAUAAGAUUUCGAGUUUCUUUCUUAUGGUCAAUUUCCUUUGCAGGUGACUUUCUUUCUUACUAUCAGGUAUGUAUUAGUCAAGCCCUCUAAAGCACAUCUUGUCUCUAUGUGUGUAGUUGUAAGCAAUUUUCAAUGUCCUAGUUUUUAUUUCUCCAGAAUUUGGAGCUAUGAUGUUAGGUUUCUUGGGAGACAGUUACGAUGGGGUUGAAUCGCAUGUUUUGUGGAUCAAAUAUUAACAAAUGAGAAAGGGUGACCACACCAUAAUCGAAAAGCAUGAUCUAGUUUGGACCGUAUUGUAUGUGAUCUGCUUGGAUUAGUCUCGUUCAUAUAGAACGGGAAUACCACGUAAAUCGCUUGUGUCGUGUUUACUUUCUUAUCAUAACUUAGAUUUUCCAUGGUAUCAGAGCAAGUCAAUUGAAGAUCCGGGACAAUGAGCACAGGCAGCGCCAACGAGAGCUCGAUGGUGAGCAGCGGCGGUGGUUUGACUGGUCAGAUUCCUCCGAGUAUUCCAGCCGGAUUGAGAAUCUUGGUGUCUGAUAAUCCUGGGCAGCUUUUUGUUGGAGAACUUCUGAUAUGAUCCCAAUUGGCAAACUAUACACGUCACAAUUACUUGACAAAGAAGCUAUCGAAGUUGGGAAGAAGAAGGGCAGAAUUUGGCUAAGUCAAAAUCCGUGUUCAGGGUACAUACUUUGGAGGCAUGGUUCUCUCAAUUGGCUUGGUGGAAAUUCAAUUUUAAGGGUUUUUUUAGCAGAUCAAGUUUUCUUAUUUCCAAUGGUAUGCUUUUUGGAUCCGUGUGAUGUCAUUAAGGUUGUUUUCCAAGGCCUCAAAGUUGCUACCUCAAAACUGGAAAACUGCCAGAAAAUGGUAAGUCUGGAAACUGUUUUGUGAAGCCUAUUUUGGAGCUCAGUUCAAAGAGCAUGGAUCUGAUUCGGGACCAAAGGCUUCUAUAACAUGAAACUAGGUAUGUUUAUAUACCAAGUGAAGGAAUUGGAUGAAAGAUUGAAGUUCUAGAAAUCCUUGAACAAAAGGCGGGAAGUUAGUACGAAAGCUGCUUUUAGACUGUUUGCUGGCAGCUUACUUGCACUUGAAGAAAGAGAGUUUAAAUCCGAAUUUUGAGUCCUUUUUAGAGUAGAUUUUUACCUUAAUUGUUUCCUAGUUCUAUUAGGUUUGUAUUAGGUUUAUUUGACUUUAAAUAUCUUUCUACUUUUGUUGUAAAACUCAGACUAUGAUUAAUCGAAAAACAAACCCUUUGGUUUUGUGCAAGUUGCGACUUGUUUGAGUUAGGUGGAUUCCAAACUUGUGAUUUUGUAUCGAUUGAAUAUUUACUUCAAUCAUGGUCGAGCAGCUACCCUUUUAUACCAUACGAGCUUUCCCCAGGUGUGUAAUUGUCUGUUGAUUUCGUUUUAUCCAAGUUCGUAUUAAGAACGCUUCGUUCUUGAUUCGAGCUCAAUCGAUUCUUCGAUUGAGUCGUUUGCUGCAUUACUUUGAUAACAUACACCCCCAGGGGCGUAUUAAGUGGUAUCAGAGCCCCGUUUUACACAAGGGCAAGGAAGACAAGAGGAGGACUGAUUAUUUUCGCGUAAAGUUUCGACAAAAAUAGGGCAGCCUCUGUACGAGAAGCCUAGCUACUGUUUUGUGCCGCUGCUGUUCAUGUGCUGUAUUCGUAAUUCCAUGGCUAAUUCUGUCCAGAGGAAGGAGUUUAUAGAGGACAACACCGAGGUGAAGCAGCUGACAAAUCGAAGUCAAGGAAAGCGAAACCCAACCUCCCGUGGCAAGGACAGGAAGGACUUCCCCGACUCUGUUUCGUCUCCGGUAAAACAGGACGUGCCAAUAACUCUCGUGGUCGGAGAAGACGACGACGAGUCGAGCAAAACCUACAGUGCAGACUUGCUCCAGUUAGCAUCAAGAAUCUUUAACCGGGAAUGGUUUGCGUCGGUUCGUGCACAAUUGGAAAAUCAUGACCCACCAAAAUUUCCACUGCAAAUGGUAGAACUCGACGUGGAUUUGCUUGAAGUGGUUGGAACAACUGGAGAUGAUUCAAAGCAUACCAUCGCUGCACAAAACGACCCCUGUGUUGAUGCCCAGAUGUCAACUGAAUUGAAGGUUGCAGAGUAGCAGAUGAAUCCGAGAUGCAGAAGGAUUGGCAGCAGGUGUGAAGAAGGAAGAAUGGAACGAUGUCGUGUUGAAGAAAUGAAGAGAAGAGAUGUGA